AUGAAUUACCUUAUCGCCGAUGUUCGCCGGCUGAUGUCUCAAUUUAGUCGAUACAUUGGCAGUCACGUGUUAUUGUGCUGUUUAUUAACCAAAAAAUACAAAGUCAUAACUAUCGAUAACUUUCACAAUUCGUUUCCGCCGGCCAUCGAUCGCGUCUCCCGUAUCGCUCGCAGUGAAUUGCCAGAUGAUGCCUCAGAAGAAGACAAACUUUACAGCAGUGUGACCAUCUACAAGGGUGACAUCACCAACAAGCCGGACAUCGAGAAGAUCUUUCAAACCCCGACGACGAUCCCGAUCCCGGAGACGACUCCUCUCGCCCCAGAGUCAGUUUACGGAAGAACGAAGAUGAUGUCAGAAUUGAUCAUCAAAGACCUCUGUGACUCUCAGCCUACAAAAUGGAAAGCAAUCUCGUUGAGAUACUUCAAUCCAGCUGGCGCUCACCCAUCGGGCUUGAUCGGCGAAGAUCCGGUUGGAAAACCGGGGAAUCUACUCCCCCUCUUGGCACAGAUGGCUGUUGGCAAGAUCCCACACGAUUUGAAAGUCAAUGGCAAUGAUUAUCCGACCCGCGAUGGUUGUUGUAUACGUGAUUACAUCCACGUCAUGGAUCUUGCUGGUGGUCAUAUCAAUGCAUUGGAUGGUCUUACCAAAGACUCGACCUGGAGUACACCUUGUGCAGGUUUCAAAUCCGCCUUCGGCACGAGUGGCGGGAAGUACAAAGCAUACAACCUUGGAAAGGGCAGAGGCCAGAGUGUUUUUGAAAUGAUCGAGGCAAUGCGCAAAGCUACUGGAUUCGAUUUCAAAUAUGAGAUCAUCGGCCGAAGAGCAGGAGAUGUUCCCGAUCUUACUGCCGAUCCCUCGUUGGCCAGGAAAGAACUCGGGUUCAAUGCACCUCGCGAACUGGAUGAGAUGUGUCGGGAUUUAUGGAAUUGGCAAAGUAAAAACCCCAAAGGGUACGCAUAG